UCAGUGCUCUUUGGAAAGCUGAUUCACACAGACAGAGGGGCAGGUACUCUGGAGAGUGAAUUUCAGGGGGUGAGAUGGAUGAUCGACAGCAGCACCACUGGGGAGAGUGACAGAGGGAGGAACAGCACAGCAUCCAGAGUCUGGGAGUCCGAGUUGGGAAGGAGGAAAACGAGAGAGAUCUCCUUGUACUGAGGAACAGAAUGAUUUUCCCCUCUUUCUCUUGAAUUCUAAAACUUGAAACACCAAGAGCACUGUGGAUUUAUGCUUUUACAGAUCACUCUGGUCCAGACAUUGAAAUAAAAGCAGCUGUGGAGCUCUAGGGGGGAUGCUCUAUACAGAGUUCAUUAAUAAGACACUUAAGUGGACAUGAGUGGGAUGGCAUCAGAUCACAACACUUCCUCCCAGGAAGAAUACGUCCCACAUUAUCUCCAGAAGGGAGACCCCUUUGCGUCAAAGCUUUCUAGAGAAGCUGACAUCAUAGCUGGCUUUUAUUUGACAGUAAUUGGGAUCCUUUCAACCCUGGGAAAUGGGUAUGUUAUUUUUAUGUCCUCAAAGCGAAAAAAGAAGUUGAGACCUGCUGAGAUAAUGACUGUUAAUUUAGCAGUGUGUGAUCUGGGCAUUUCAGUUGUAGGCAAACCUUUCAGUAUCAUCUCCUUCUUCUGUCACCGCUGGAUGUUUGGAUGGAUAGGCUGCCGCUGGUAUGGAUGGGCUGGUUUCUUCUUUGGCUGUGGGAGCCUUAUUACCAUGACAGCUGUCAGCCUGGACAGGUACCUAAAAAUCUGCCACUUGUCCUAUGGUACCUGGCUGAAGAGACAUCAUGCAUUUGUCUGUCUGGCAAUAAUCUGGGCCUAUGCCAUGUUCUGGGCUACGGUGCCUUUUGCUGGGGUGGGGAGCUACGCCCCUGAGCCAUUUGGAACCUCCUGCACUCUGGACUGGUGGCUGGCACAGGCUUCGGUGGCUGGACAGGUUUUUGUUCUCAGUAUUCUUUUCUUCUGCCUCCUGCUCCCAACUGCGGUGAUUGUGUUUUCCUAUGUCAAAAUAAUUUUGAAAGUCAAAUCCUCCACCAAAGAAGUCGCUCACUACGAUACCAGGAUUCAGAACAGCCACAUACUUGAAAUGAAGCUGACCAAGGUGGCAAUGUUGAUCUGCGCAGGGUUCCUCAUUGCCUGGAUCCCCUACGCCGUGGUCUCAGUCUGGUCAGCCUUUGGACAGCCGGAUUCAGUUCCUAUUCAGUUUUCAGUGGUACCAACACUGCUUGCAAAGUCAGCAGCCAUGUACAACCCAAUUAUUUACCAGGUCAUAGAUUGUAAAUUUGCCUGUUGUCGGUCAGGAGAACUGAAAGCGAAGAACUCUUUGAAGAAAUCAAGGACAUACACCAUAUCUGCACACAGAGACUCGAUGGUGAUGAACGAAACCCAGCUGGAAGCAUGAAGGCUCCUUUCAAUACAGAAAAUGAAAACCUGAUGACAAACAACUCUACUGGCUCAAGCUCCUCUUUCUGUAAAUUAAUUAAAACAUGGUGACAGUUUUAUUUUACUCCCUAGUCCUCAGUACAAUGUAGUUCUUUCCAUCUUGACCAAAAUAGUGGGAUUAAAGCUGGGAAAAUAUUUUGAGUACUCAGAGCAAGAAGAAAUAGAGAAAUUUUGUUUUUAUAAAAAAUUUGUAUUCACUUCAGAUGCUAUAAAAUGCCUUUUUUUUUUCUUUUCUUUUUAUGACUAACAGAAGUGAUAGCUUGGAUGAUAUAUAAUUUUCCUCAUGGGAAGGAAAGUAUUCAUAAAGGCCAGUUUUAGCUUGCCAAAGCUAAUCUCCCUAAAUUCCUACUGCAGUCACUGGAGAACUGGAACAUGAGAGAAAGGAUUCCUUAGGGGACAAAUCUGAAUCAGAGCUUCACUUAUCAGGGUUCUGAAUUACACAGUGGGGACACAUUUGCCCUGAUUCUCCCUGGUGAGCAACUCUCCAAAUAAUUUGGCUACCAGCUUUCUUAAACUCACUUUGACUUCAGUCCUUCAAGAUUCAGAAAUAUUUUGGUUUUAGUCAAGGCAAGGUCAGAAGUAUUUGUGAGUGGUAGGUAACAAAGUCAUCGUUCAAGUGUAGCUGCAGAGUAAUUUUUAAACAUUAAGUGUUGGAAGGAUGAGGAUUAGUAAUGAUUUAGGAGAAUGACAGUCCCAUCAAAACAAAGCUUGUUAAGUUCCCAGUGUACUCAAUAGAAAAACAAUGUGCCUUGUAAAGAUCUGCAGAGUAAAGCAACCAAAAUAGUUGAGUUGAAUCUGUUUCUGGUUUAUAUUUGUCUUAAGGGAGAGGCAUCUCUAAGAUGAAAAAUUAGCAGUCUGAUAUAAGCGCAUUUUUUAAUGCUUAAAAAUAAUGAUAUUGAUGUUUCUAUGUAAUUUCUUUGGGAAGGAUACGAUUCUAUUAAAAAUAAGAUAAUUGCAAAUCAGAGAGUCUCCUACACAGAUUUGUGCUGACUGUUAAAAAAAAGAAAGUUACAAGGGUUACACUUUCUUCUGAGUUGUUCCUUUAAGGAAAGAAAGCAUUUGUGAAAGAGUUUCAAUUGUUUUCUUGUUUAAUAUUUCCUGUUUAACAUUAAUUUGUCCUACUGUUAUUUCAAAAUUGUGUUUAACAUUCCUUUCCUGCCACACUGAACUGAACUUCUUUUGUCACUGAUCCGUGGUGAUGUUAAUUUUGUUUAUACAAUAAUAUCAUAAAGGUUUAAUCUGAUGAUUGUUGGCAUGUCCCAGCACUCCCAUUUUGCAGUUGCUAUUUUCUCGAAUGAUAUUCAGACCAUGUAGCAGAAGUAGAAUUUUGUUGAAUUUCCUAAGCUAGGUAGAGGAAAAUUUUCCUUCCUUCUCUGCAAUGUUUUAGCAAAAGAAGUUUGAAUAAAUUCUAAGAGAACUUGCAUAAGUAUGAGGAGUUGACAUGCUACCUAUACAAUGUUUUGUGCUAAGUUUUCCCCAGAAGUUGAGUUCUUUCAUUUCUGUAGAUCUUUCAGCAAAAGACAAACUUAUUUCUUGGCUAUGGUUGCAAGUUGUGGCCAUGAAUUGAUCCAGAGAAGAAGGCAUCCUUCAAAAUAUUUGCAGAUUUGGUUAUGAAGGCAUUAACAACCUUCUCUCCAUUUUCUUGCAGAUUUUAUUAUUUUCUUCAUCCAGGCAAACUUCUGUUUGUAUCUAUAGGUGUUUAUCCUAACAAAGGUCUGAUGUAACUCAUGUGGACUGUGGCCCUAUAAAUGCAAAUUAGCUGGAGCAACACUGCUGGGAAGAUUGUAAGAAUUAUCCACCAGUCAGGCCAGAUUUCAGGGUAGAUCAACUCAUGGUUUUUGCAUGAACCUGUCCUCUAGUUCAAAUUUUGGAAUAUUUUAUCUCUAUUUGUUAAAAUUAUGUGCUCUCUUCAGAAUUGCUGUUGAGUCAUCCCAGAAAUAGAUACACACUUGUAGUAAGGCUGAAUUUUAUAUUUGUGAAGGCUGUAAAAUACGUUUGGAUUCCACUAUAGAGAAUAUUCUAGAUACAUGUGCUAUCCAAAGAGUUCAGAGGUUUAGUAAGCUCUAAAUAUGAACUUUCAGAAUAAUGACUUCAAGAUAUUUAUUUUCAUAUGAUUUAAAUAUAUUUAUUUUUUAUUUAUUGCCAUAAUUAUUUUCUGUCUGAAAAAUCAAUUUUACCACUACUGAACAGUAUCUUGCUCUGUAGGAAACUCUAGGACUCCAACUUGAGCAGGAGUUAGAGACAUGUUUAUACCAAGCAUGUGUUCAAGUGAAAGAUGUUUCCCUGAAUCAAGCAAGAUAUACACACUCUGGCAUGCAGUACUGUAAUUUAAAUGCAGAAUCCAAACCCAAGAGCAAAUGGAUCUCAUUUGAUUCAAUGAUAAAAAGAGAAUUGGAGAACUUUCUUUGUUUACUUCCAUAUAAAGCAGCUGACACAAUUAGUUUGUGCUCUGUUUGGGAUCCCGGUGGUAAAGAAUAAGGGUCUUAUUAUGGAUUCAAAUUUUCAAGGUCAACUUCGAAUUGAUUUGAAGGUUGUAGCCUGAUGGUUCUAGAGAUAAUAAUUUGCCAUUGAUGCUCAGGGCAGAGUUUUCUCCUCUCCAUGUGUUGAGGCUGAUAAUUGAUUAUUAUAUAAAACUGAGGUAUGUAACCUUGGUCUGAGGUCAUUAAAAGACAGUGACUCUCCCAAUUUGCUGUUCAAGAAAUCUUCUAAAUGUUUUUCAAGUUUCAAACAUGCUAUUUUGUGAUCUGAGCUUUGUCAAAGCACCAACAUUAUAAAACCUACUCAGUGUGGUGAAUAAGUAAGGAAUACUACUCUGAAGGAAGAUUUCUUUAUUGCAUUUUCAAUAUUUCAGCCUCCUUAUUAUAUUAAGGAAUUUCCACUUUUUAUGUAUUAACAUUAAACUAAGUAUUUUUCAAUGAAAACAGCGCCAUCAAGAAUAAUAACUAUAAAUGAGAACCUUUUAUUAUGUAACCUAUGUGCACAUUCAAAAUGAGGUGGUAAGAAGCAAAAUUGUAUCUGAAUUCACUCUCUGUGAUGUAAAGGAAGUAACUGACACAGAUUAAGACUCCACUUAGAUAAUGAGCUGACCUGGACAGUAAGAUUGUUCCAGUAAGAGUAAGAGAGUAAUGAGAGUAAUACUCUGUAUUUUGAGGUGACAGUGAAAUUAUGCAAAGCAUGUGGAUAUGGAAACUUCUAAUUUGAUAAUUUUUGGUCACUGAUGAAGAAUAACUCUAAACCUUCUUCACACUUGGAAAUCUGUUGACCAUGAAAAAAUAUAACAAAGCAAGCUUUUAUGACGAAAAAAGUUGAAAUAAAUAAAGUACAAAAAGUGUAAGUUAUGGUUGUAAGAUUUUUGGAAGAAAAUAGAGAGUAUUUGUCCAUGCAGGUGAAUGCAGCUGUAUCAAAAUUUAUUUCUACACCCAUAAAGAAAAAUGAAAAAAACCCAACCCAACAAGUGGUUUGUUAAAAAUAUUUAUGGCCCACAGUACAAGACUACUGAUAGCAGAAGAUUUUUGGCUUUGUGGCAUUGAAAGCAAAAGAGAAAAUUUAUACAUUGUCAUACAAAGAGAGUAUGAUUAAUGAAUUGACAGGCACAAUGCUAGUGAAUUGGGUCCCUUGGUGGAACUUUUCUCUUGGCUGACAAUAUCUUUUGGAGGCUGUCCCAUCUCCAGUGUGCAGGGUGAUCUUGGUCAUGAGAAAAAAUAUGAAUUGCUCUGACCAGGCACUUAGUUCUCCUGCAAUUCUAUCUUAUUCAUUUUAUGUUUGUGUUUCUACCUCUUAUUCCCACCAGGGAACUUUCAGAUACAUCAACCUGCAUUCCUCAGGAAAGCUGCUUUGACAUCUUUUUAGCUAAUGUUUCCCAGCUCAGAAUGUUCCCAGAUGACUCUUGCCCUGAGUAAGAAGCUCUUAACAAAUAAUGUUCACAUAACGCCCGUUUCUCUUCCAAGACAGAUGGAUGUUUGGUUGUUUUCCUCCACAUCUGAAUCUUUCCAAGUUUCAUAAGUCUUUGUAGUUCUUCAGCCUCAAGGGAGAACACAUAACCACCUGAAAAUAGAACUUCUGGAGAGCUGUUGUUGAGCAACACCAUUAUCAUCACCAUGUUUCCAUAUGAUUCUAUGUUCUUGAGCCACUGUGCAUUCCAUACUGACCUUCUUCUCACUUAUGGGCUUUUUCAGGAGGACUUGUAUUCCUUUUGCUUGGUGCACAGUGCAUACAGUGAUAGGGUUACUUUUGUAACUGCCUGGAAGGAUCUUCACUUCCGUGGUUGUGUCUGUUUCACAUUGUAGCUGGUGGAACGGGUCUUGGACCUGCAAGUCAGAACAAAGCCUUUUGAAAUACGAGGCUUAGUUACAGGUUUUCAUGCUUUCCUUACUUCUGAACUUAAAGGAUGCUUCGCUAAUUGCGAAUAAUGAGCCUUUUUCAGUCACUGACGACAGUUUUGUGUCUCAGUUGAGUAGAGAAGAAAACCUACGUAGUUUGUUAGAAAUCUUUUCUUUCUUAAAUUCAAUCCUAAAAGGGGCAGUAUCCCAAGGAGGAGACUCCAAGUUAACAAUCUCCAAUCAGUCACAGUGAGACACAAAUUCCAGGCUAAUCUUCAAACUAGGCUAGAUAACCAUUCCUCGGAUUCUACAGAUACCUCUCCUGUAACACUCUGGCACCAUAUUAAAAACAGCAUCCAGCAGUCCUCUGAAGAAACCUUAGGGUUCUCCCUCAAGAAGAACAAGGACUGGUUCCAUGAAAACAAUCGAGAGAUCCAGGAAUUGUUGAUGAAGAAGAGAACUGCCUACCAAGCACACCUUGCACUGCCAUCCUGUCACGCAAGAAAAACAGCCUUUCGUCUUGCAUGCAGCAAACUCCGACAGAAACUCCGUGACAUCCAGAACAAAUGGUGGAUCAGUCUAGCUGAAAAAACACAAUUGUGCGCUGACACAGGUGAUCACAGAGGUUUCUGUGAAGCCCUGAAAACAGCACACGGGCCUACAUACCAAGCUCAAAGUCCUCUACUCAGCGCUGAUGGUCAAACACUUCUAACAGAUAAAACCUCCAUUCUGAAUCGAUGGUCUGAACACUUUCAGACUCUUUUCAGUACCAACCGUGUAGUCCAAGACACAGCCAUUCAGUCCAUCACACAACAACCGGUGAAGUAGGAAUUGGAUACUGCCCCCAUUUUAGGAGAAACCCUCAAGACCGUACAGCAGGUGAAAAUCGGCAAGG